CGCGUUAAAUGAUCGUCGAGCAGUUUAACGCUUUUUUUCACCUGUUUACUAUUAAUGCCACUAUUUUCUGAAUUUUGAACCUCUUAAAAGGAAAAAGCAUAGUUUUCAGUAUGUUCAUUGAUUGAUUAUUUUGCCUCUUGAUGUUAUGUUCCUAUAACAGGGUUAAACUUUUUAAAGUAGAAAUGGUUUCAAUUGGCCGUGGUCGUGGUUGGGCUCAAAAUGAUAGAAAUACAUUAUCAAAACCAGGAAAAUCAUUAUAUUCCGAUGAUAUGAUUUAUGUAAAUCUUAUUAGUCUCAUUAAUCUUGUUAAUAAUGAAAAUGUAGCACAAAAAACUGAAGAUGUUGUGAAAUUGAUUAACGAGAAAGUGAAUAAGGAAAACUUGAAAGAGAUACACGACAAACUUUACUCAUAUGCUUUAAAUAAUAGAGACUUUGGGAUGAAAUUACUAAUGGUAUAUAAUUAUCCUAUAAUUAAAAACAUAUGCGAUUCUGAAGGUGUAAGUUUAUAUAAGCACUUAGUGAAACGAUUUCAAAUUGAUUAUGAAAAAAGGAGAGAUCUAAGGAAAGAAAAUGCAGUUCAAUUUCAUAAUGCUGUUGUCUUAUUUUCUAAAUAUUUAAGUUAUAUCGUACAUUCGUCAUGCAAGUUCCUCGCAUUACAAUCUGCAUUAAUGGAUUAUAUGGAAAUGUUGUUAGAAACAGGUUCUUCAGAGGACAUUCAAGUUUUUACAGAACAACUCAUUGUACAUGGAAAUAACUUACAUAGUAGUUAUAAGGAAAAAUUAGAAGAUUUAAUGAUCACUGCAAGACAAAUGUUGAUUAAACAAAAUCUUUCUUUUAUAUCUCGCCAAUUUUUAUUGUAUGCAAUAGAUUUAGAGAGUAGAAAUUUUAAUCAGUUGCCUAAAUAUUUACAGAAAUUUUACAAGUUGCAAUUGAGUAAAAAUUUUAAAGAAGAGGACAACGAUAUCGUUAAUUCUUUAUCAAAUAUAAAUGUAGAAGAUGGUAAUUACAAAUAAAAAUUUAGUUCAAAAAGAUAUUAUUUUUGUUUCAGAGAAUAGUUUGAUAGUUAUCACUCAAUAUUUUAUUAAAGAUAUGAAUGAGACUUGAUUAAUUUUAGAGCAUCUUUCUUCAAUGAAUGAACCUAAUGAUCAGAAAUAUACAUGUGCAAAUAGUCGAGGUUUAAGAGCAAUUCGAGGUUUGGGAGCGGUAGAUGUUGCAAAAUAAAAAAUAAUCCUAUUAUGUAUAUGUAAACAGAAUACUAAUAUAAAAAUUAACAAAUCAAACUAAUAGAAACAGGUUAUAUACGUUCUUUAUUUUAAUUAUUUGAGUUUAUUUGAAGAACAAUGUAACGUUAAUAAUAAUAUCUCGAUGUUUCAGGUAUUUUCCGAUGAAGACUGUACAUAUUUUAUAAAUAACAAAUAUAAAUUAAACAACUUAGAGUGUUUUUGUGUUUUAAAUUAAUUAUAUUAUAAAUAUAAAAUUCCCAAAAACAUAAUUUCUAUGAUUAAUUUGAGCAGAAUAAUGGAGCAAAAAGUUCAUUCGAAAUUUAUAAUGUUUAUUAAUAAAAAGAAAAAGUAUUAUAUUAUCUAUUAAAUUUUAUAUUGAAAAUAUAAAUAUAUAUUAUAAAUGUAUGUAAUAUUGAAGCAAUGUAUUCUGAUAUUCAAUUUAUAUACAAAAUGAAUUAGUAAUUUAUUUAAAUAUAGUGGAUCUUUCUCUUUUAUUUAAAAUAAAUGUUAAUUAUUUAAUGUUAAUUAUUUUUUAUUUAAUUAUAUAAUGUUAAUUAUUUAAUUAUUUAAUUAUUUAAUCUUAAUUAUUUUUAAAUUAUGUAAUUAUCAACAAUGAAAGUAUUAUUUUUUAUUCUUUAUUGUUUUCAAGAUGUAAAUUGUUAUAUAUCAUGUAUUUUCAUAUAUUUAUAUAUUUUUUUAUUAUAUGUUUAUAUAUUUUUUAUCGAAUAAAUACAUUUUUUUCAAUUUUUUCUCUUUGAUUAUUUCUUUUUCUUAAAAGUUAAAUAAGAUAGCUGCA